UAGAUGCCACACAAAAUGUGAUCUACAAAGCGCAAUCCGUGCGCGGAUCUCCAGUGACAGUCCCUGGCUCCACUGAUGUGGACGCGCACACUGAAUCCUGUAGACCUGCCUCAGGAACGCACAGUCGAGCCACAAGAUGCGCACUAGGCGCUACAGCUUGGGAGGAGCUUCGGGAUUUUCCCCCCUUGUUUCACGCCACUCUCGAGUGAAGACUCGUUUGCAAAAGGAGAUAUAGGGGGAAAGGUGGAGGCACAGCCUUAAUCUGGCAUCUUCUGAUAAAAUGAGUCCACCAGACACAUCCAACAGCACAAGCGAAGGGGAAGCUGGUGAAACCGAUCCCUUGAUUCUACUUAACGACAGCAUGGGUUUCCACCCACCUGGUUUCCACACUGACAUCACCAAGCACCUUGGAGUCCAGAUCACCCUGAUCACAGCUUAUUCCCUAAUAAUUCUGCUAGGGCUGCUGGGGAACGCUCUUGUCAUCUACAUGAUUAUUCGCUACAGAAACAUGCGAACAGUGACCAACUUCUUCAUAGCUAACCUGGCCCUGGCAGACCUCCUGAUGAACACUCUCUGCUUGCCUUUCACUCUGGUUUACACUCUGCUAGAUGAGUGGAAGUUUGGGGCUGUGUUGUGCCACAUGGUGCCCUUUGCCCAGGCCCUGAGUGUACACGUAUCUAUCCUGACCCUGACUGUCAUCGCUCUGGAGCGUUACCGCUGCAUCGUCUUCCACCUUGGUCGGCGCCUCACGUGGCACUCCAGCUUCCUCAUCAUGGCGUUCACCUGGACUAUGUCUGCUGUCCUGGCAGCACCCCUGGCCAUCUUCAGAGAGUACCGCCAUGAAGAAAUCCCUUCCAUAAACCUGCGUAUGGCUGUCUGCUCUGAGAAGUGGCCCCACGGGACCAGCAGGGACGGAGUCAUCUACAGCCUCUCAAUGCUGCUCCUACAGUACAUUAUUCCUUUAGCCAUCAUCAGUUACACUUACAUCUGCAUCUGGGUCAAACUGAAGAAUCAUGUCAGCCCGUCCAGCCGCAACGACAGCAUCAACCGCCGCAAAAAGACCACCAAGAUGUUGGCACUGGUGGUGGUGGUGUUUGCUACCUGCUGGCUGCCGUUCCAUGUGUUUCAGCUGGCCAGUGAUCUGGACCUGGUCCUCAGGUUUAAGGAGUACAAACUGAUAUACACAGUGUUCCAUAUCAUAGCUAUGUGUUCGACUUUUGCCAACCCUCUUCUGUAUGGGUGGAUGAAUAAAAACUACAGGAAUGGCUUCCUCAUGGUCUUCCGUUGUGAAGAUAAGCCAGAUACUUUCCACCCUGAGGGCUCGUUCAGGACACGCUCCAUAAGAGGGCUGACUCUGAAUGGUCGUAAUGGCGGACACCCUCCGACUGCUGUAUGAGAUUUACACAAUUUAAAAAGCCGGCAGAAUAUGACUGAACACAUUGAACGCACCUCUGGUUUGUGGUGCUUGUGGUUCAAAAGUAGCCUUUUGACUUGAAUGGUCUGAGCUUGAGUAUCUAUGUCACUGGAGAGGGCUCAAAGCUUUGCAUGCAAAUUGCUUUAUGUAAGGCUCUUCUUUCCUUUGCGAAUGGUACUAGUGAAAUUACAUUUAUCAAACCUAUUCAAAUAUGUGUUUAAGCUGUUUACUAGUGUGUUAAUUAACUCAGUACAAUAUACAAUGUGUUUCCUGUAAAUGCAGAACUCUUGUUGGUAAGUAAUGUCCAAUUAAUUAUGCACUCCAUUGCAGCAGGCCUCUCUGAGGCUAUUUAUGUGUUCAUACUUAACUGAAGGGAAGAUGGUGAUUAUUGUGAUUGUGAAAGUUCAAUUUUUCACACUAUUUGUUGGAUUUUCACUUAAUUUGUCCAAAUGCUGUGUUUUGGAUUUUCCAAUAUUCUCGCAGAAUAACAUGCAAUCCUCGUCCAAGGAAUCCAGAGGAGGCUAUCGCUGAUUUUCUGUCCAACCAGGAAGUUAAUUGUGUUCACCUGGCAACCAGCUGUUUCUGAUUAGAUGGACCAGCAGGGCAGGAAUGAUAUUGAAAGGCACUGAACGCAAAUGAGACCAACAAGUUCUAGAUGUCUUCAUCACAGAAUGUGGGCAGCUAUUUUGAGGAAUAUGUAAAAAAAGGGGGAUUUGGAAGAAGUCAAAACAUGCAAUUAUACACUCAGCUGCUAAACUGUCCUUUGUUAUUGGUCUUUAAAUAAUGAACACAUGAACAUUAAUCAGCCAUUGGGCGUCUGGGCACGCAUAUUGAAUACACAAAUCCCAGAGUUGAUUUGACCAUCAGGAGAAAUUAUAUUUUGUGCAUCCAUGUCAAAUAAACAGACGUUGGCUUGGAUAAAGCCUGGUUAAGCGGAUUGAAGUCAGGUAGAAAUAAGGUAAAUGCCUGUCAGAUCCUGUCUGGGUGCACAGUAAAAUAGUGGCAUAUUAUAAAAUGUAUUUAACGGUGACACCAUAUGUAGACUACUCAAAACCUUUGGUGGUAGUAGCCCGUGCCAUGGUGCAUGUACCCUCCAUACUUUUGGUAAUACAGGAAAGAUAAACUUUAGCUCCCUGAACCUGACAGCUGGAAAAUCCACCUAUAGGUGGGAAGACAGUGUACAUAAAGGGAAAAAUAGAAGCAAUGCAUUUUUUUGUUUCCAUAAAAUUGAGGUUAAUCAAAGUCCUACACAAACUUAAAGACUUUGUUUUGAACAAAAAAAGAAGAACCGGUGGGUCCAAAUAACAUCCAAUAAAGCAUUUAAUGAACAA